UGUAGAUAAUUGCAACGCCACUGGUCCGUUACAAAAUCUGGCUUCUUUUUAAAAAAAAAUGGCUGAAGCAAUGAGAGCUACCGUGGCUACCUUAUUGAAAGGAAUCGAUAGAUACAAUCCAGAGAACCUACAUACUCUUGAGAGAUAUGUUGACAUGCAAGCAAGUGAAAAUACAUACGACUUAGAAGCCAAUCUGGCCAUACUAAAAUUAUAUCAAUUCAAUCCAAGUUUGUACCAGCCAGUACCAACUGCUUUGAUUUUACUCAAGGCUCUCACAAAUCUUCCUCAUUCAGAUUUCAUUUUAUGCAAAUGUCUUAUUGAAACUUCCAGGUUAAAUGAAGAGCCUGUAUCAAAAGUUUUGAGGUUAGCAAAUUUAUUAGAGAGAGCCAGUUUCCAAGAGUUUUGGGCUGCAUUAGAGGAAGAUCCUGAUAUACUAAUUGGCAUUGUUGGAUUUGAAGACUCAAUUCGCAAAUUUGUUUGUCAUGUUGUAGCAUCAACCUACCAGACUAUCAGAAAAGAAAAAUUGAGACAACUGCUUGGAAAUAUCUCCGAUGCUCAUUCCAGUCAGUGGAUCAGCAAGUAUGGUUGGACUGAGAUGUUAGAUGGCUAUGUCUUCAUCACCAAUCAAGAAGAAAAUAUCAAAACUAAAAACAUCACAGAGAAAAUCUCAUUUGACAGUGUUGCUGCAAUUAUGGCUUCUGGGCGAUGAUGGUUAUGAAAGAGGACAAUUAUUUAGCUGCUUUAGGAAUUGAAAUUCUUAUUUGUAACUUCAAUUUGUCAAUUGGAAGAAUAAGAUUGAAAAUAAA